AUGAGGACACUUGUGGCAUUUCUUGUAUCAGCCACGGCUGUAUUAGCCGCUGAUGUUAGCAUACCUACCAUCAAGCCUUUCUUUUACACAACGACAGUAGUUCCUCCCUCUACAUAUGACCCAUACCGUUACUACAGUGGCCUGCUCUUUAAACCGACAAGUACAGACAGUUCUAGUCGUUACAAUCCCGGCAAGUACGACCCUGGUAAAUAUGAUCCUGGCAAAUAUAACCCUGGACGCUACGACGCUGGGCGUUACGACCCUGGAAAAUAUGAUCCCAGCAAAUACGAUCAGUCUGGACGCUACAACCCAGACAAAGCUGGGCUAUACAAUGGCGAUCGUGGUGACCGCGGCUCUGGUGGUGGUUACUACAGCGGUUCCUCUGACAAAGGAGGUCCUGGUGGUUUCUACUCUGGCUCUUCUGACAACGGUUCCGCCGGCGGUUUCUACAAAGGCGAUAAAGAUGACGCCAACAAAUAUGUUCCUGAAAAGUCAACCGUAGAAGAUGUACCUGUCUCCACCGUUGAACCAGUCUCUAGCGUUGUUGUCAAUGAAGAACCAGUAGUUUCCACCGUUGAACCUGUUGCUACAGAUGCUCCAGUGCCCGAUGCUGAGCCUAUGUCCACACCCGCCCCAAUCGUUGAUGAAGUAGCAAGUCCCUCAGUACCUUCAAGUAUUGCUCCACCAAGCUCUCCACAAUACGUCAGUUCUACAUUAUUAGUAAAACCCACUCCCGCUUACGUGCCAUACAUUCCUGCUAAGCCUGUAAAAGCCGUACCCUCAGUACCACAAAACUAUGAAUAUAAAUACGGAAUUAUCCGUCAUGACGCCGAUGUGUUCCCCGAUGGAUACCACUACAUAUAUGAGACAGAAAACACAAUUCUGGCUGAAGAAGAAGGUCAUAUUGAAAAGAUUGAUAACGAAAGCAGUGGUAUGAGGGUAAGAGGUUUCUUCGAAUAUGUUGGCGUUGAUGGAAUUAAAUACAGAGUAGACUACACUGCUGAUGAACGUGGUUUCCUGCCACAGGGAGCACACUUGCCCUAA